AGAGAAGCAGGCAUCCCAUGUAUGAUCUGAAUUUAAUCGUAGCCGUUAAAUUGUAAAGUAACAAGAAGAAAACCCUUAAACACAGCAUCAACAUAGACCCCUCCGCCAAGAGUACUCCUACGAACAGUUACAAGGCUAGGUCUCUCUUCCCUCUCUCCAUCGUCUGAAAUUUCUCAACAUUUUUGGUCUCAAUUUUUAAUAAUGCAAGUUGUAGCUAGGUGCUAGUGAUUCAACUGAUCAAGGGUUUAAAUAGUUUUUUGUCAACAUAUCAUGAAAACACUUGGAUGAUGGUCUGUUCCAUUAUUUGCAGUUGAAUUUGAAGCUUCUGCUAAUUAUGACCUUAUGGGUUGAGAGCUUAACCAUUUGUUGGAAUUGUCACACAUUGGAAGCUCUGUUCCACCUUCAUGACUCAAGAGUUGACUUCAAUUACCAUCAGCUUAUGCUAAAACCACUGGGCAUAGCUUCAGAGAGAAGAAAAAGAGAGAAUAAAUGGCAGACUCUGCUGUAGAUUUUCUAUUGGAGAACUUGAUGCAGUUAAUAAACUCUGACAAGGAAUUGAUCCUGGAGGCUUAUGAUCAGGAGAAAGUAGCCAUUGAGAGGGAACAAAUCGAAUGGGUUUACACGGAGAUGCAUUUUCUGCGAAAGUUUCUGAAAGAUUCGGAGGAGAAACGAGAUGAACAUGAAGAGCUGAAGAGGCUUGUGGUGAGGAUUAGAGACUUAAGUUACAAGACAGAAGAUAUCAUCGACUGGUUCCUACUCAAAGCUGCCGUCUUGCCACUGAGAGAUGGAAGAAGCACGGCUUAUGAUUUUGAUCUCCUCAUCAGUACUUCAUCCAAGAAUGUUGUGUACAAGGCUUAUAAUAUCUCUAUGAGCUUAAGAAAUAUUAUAGAAGAUACUGGUUCUCUAAAGAAAUGCAAGAUAGAGGUAAUGGGAAUUCUCUCAUGGCUUUGUGAUCACAUGGCUGACAAAAUUCGUGAUCGCUUUCGUGGUGUCACAGAAGAGAUCAAGCCAAUCGUAAAAGAGGCGAUGAAUAUUAUUAUCUAUGGAUCGAGUCUAGGAUGGCUUGAGACUAACGUGUCUGGUAAAGCUAAAGCCCACAACAAGGUCAUUGGUCAACGAUUGUCCGGAGAAAAAAAUUGUGAAGUUGAUCACAUCCUUAAUACGCCCAGUAUGGAAAUUCUCGAUGGCUUUGGCAGUAUCAUAAGAGAUGUGAGAUAUAAUUUGAUGUUUAAGUAUAGUUUGUGUAAUAAAAUUGCUAGCCUUAUUCCUUUGUCCAUACAAAAAAUUGGAGAAUUUGAUGACCUUCUUAAUUCGUCCAGCAAGGAAAUUCAUAAUGGCUUUGGCAGUAUCAUAAAACAGAUCAAGUCUAUCAUUGAAGAGGCGAUGGACAUUCAUGAAAAGCGAUCUGGAAAGGGACAGGGUUUCAAUUUUUCGACCUACGGUGAGAAAAUUGAUGAUAUCGCUAUUCGAUUGUCCAGAGCAAACGUUUGUUGUGAAGUUUUCCUCUAUCAAGUGUACGCUAAGGAACCUCGUGAGGUAGAUCGCCUCUAUGAAUUGUCUGGAGUCUUUUUGAACCUUGCUAAAAAAAUUUGGUUUCACGACAAUGAAGACGCAAGUGAUUGGCCUCUGUUUUGGUUUGCUGAAGACUAUUAUCACUUGUUGAGUACGUAUGAAGAGAUGGUUGACUUGGCUGAGAAAAUUGGUCCACGUAGCUUUCGCAGCAUCACAGAAGAGAUCAAGCAUAUAAAUACAGAGGUGAUGAAGAUUUAUGAGAAGGGAUUGAGUGUCCCAUGGAUAAAUUCUCAAAUGACUUGUGAAAUCCUUGUUAACCUCCUCAAUUUGUCCACAAAGUUGGUGGACCUGGCUGAGAAAAUUUCUAAUAGCUUUGGCUGUGUCAUAGAAGAGACUAAUUCUGUCAAGACAGAAGUGAUGAAGAUUUAUCAAAAGGGUUUGAGACUGUCAUGGCUUGAAUCUGUUAUGGGUGAUGAAAUCCAUAAAUCGUUUGGCAUUGUCACGGAAGAGAUAAAGUCUAUCAAGAGAGAGGUGAUGAAGAUUUAUGAGAACAGCAUGUAUGGCAUCAGAGUGUUGCGAGUCGAAAAGUCGUACUCAUCAAUACCCACCAACUUCACACUCAAGGAAGUCGUACUCAACCAAGAAUUAGUAGUGGGUUUUGAUGAUGAAAUGGAAACAAUAAUGGAGCUGCUUAUUAGACAACAUGAUACGCAGCUAAAGAUUAUACCGAUCAUCGGAAUGCCUGGACUCGGUAAGACCACUCUAGCCAUGAAGGUGUACAACAAUCCUCUCAUUGAAUAUCAGUUUCAUAUUCGAGCAUGGACCCAUGUAUCUCAAGUAUACUGGAGGAGAGAUUUGUUACUUAGCAUUUUGAGUUCUGCAGAUAUCCAGCUUAAAGGUAAAAUUGAAAAAAUGAGUGACGAAGAGUUAGGUGAAGGAUUGUACAAAAGCCUGAAAGGUAAGAAGUAUCUGGUCGUCAUGGAUGAUAUAUGGGAGAUCACGGCCUGGAAUGAUAUCAAAAGAUAUUUUCCAAAUGACAAAAAUGGAAGCAGAAUUAUAUUCACUAGUCGGAAUGGAGAUGUGGCUUUAGCUUUGCCUGCUAAUCCUCACUAUUUGCGGUUUCUAAAUUCAAAUGAAAGUUGGGAUUUAUUGAGGCAGAAGGUAUUUCAGGGAGGUUGUUGCCCUUGGGAGUUGAUCGAAAUUGGAAAGCAAAUUGCCAAAAAAUGUCAAGGACUACCACUUGCAAUUGUUGUAAUAGCUGGACUUCUCGCAAAGAAAGGCAAGACACAAGAUUGGUGGAGCCAUGUUGCUGGAAAUGUAAGUUCAUGCAUUGUUAGUGAACAAGAGCAAUUCGUGGAACAAUGCAUGAACACACUAGCAUUGAGUUACGACCACUUGCCUUAUUACUUGAAGCCUUGUUUCCUCUAUUUUGGAGCAUUCCCUGAAGACUAUGAAAUUCCUGUUUGGAAGUUGAUCCGGUUAUGGAUCGCUGAAGGAUUUAUAGUGCGAAAUCAACAAAAAAGUGUAGAAGAAGUCGCGGAGGAUUACAUGAUGGAUCUAAUCGAUAGAAGUUUACUGAUUGUUUCCAAGAAAAGGAGUAAUGGUAGAAUUAAAGCAUGUCGUGUCCAUGAUCUGUUGCGUGAUUUAUGUUUGAGAAAAGGUCAAGAAGAGAAUUUUUUCAUGCGAGUUUCGAGGUAUGAACCAACAUUUUCUUCUUCCUCAAAUCCUAUGGCUACAAAGCAGCGUCGCAUUUGCAUCAGUACUCGCAUUGAUUUUUUUACCAUUGCUACUCUCUUUAAUGGAUGCGGUCAUUCAAAGCAUGGUGAUCCAGAGGUUCGCUCUUUCUCUUCAACUACAGAGUUAUCUAUAUUUUAUCUAGAAUCCUUUUUUAGAGCCUUCAAACUUCUUAGGGUAUUAAAUAUAUCAUCCGUCAAAAUUUCCUCCAUUCCUGAAGGACUACAACUGCUAGUUCAUUUGAGGUAUUUAUCAAUUCAUAUUGACAAAGAAUCUUUUUGCCCAUCAAUAUCCAACCUCUGCAAGCUAGAAACCUUUAUUAUUGAAGGAGGACCAAUAGGUUUUGUAUCUUUCUCACAUGAUAUCUGGAAGAUGGUGAAGUUGAGGCAUUUGUAUGCAAAGCGGUUUAUUGAAAUCCCUCAUGUACCUAAUGAUGAUGAUCCCUUCAUGUUGGAUGACCUUCAGACUGUGGGCAAAUUAGAUCUUCGUGGUGUAGAUGUGCAAUUCUUGCGAUUGAUUCCGAAUCUCAAGAAACUAACAUGUUGUUUUACAGAGUCAUUGGGUGGGAACAAUACCUUUCCUAAAUUGGAGUUUUUAGUUCACCUUGAAAAACUUAAUAUAACUUACGGUGAAUCCAAAGGAUAUCUUGCAAGAUUUCCCCAUCUAGAUCAGUUUCCUCCAAAUCUCGAAAGCUUAACUUUGUCAAACUUCUGUCUAUCUUGGGAGGAAAUGUCGACCCUUGGAAAGUUGCCUAACCUUGAGGUUCUUAAAUUAUCAUACAAGGCCUUUGAGGGACCAAGGUGGGACACAAGUGAUGGGCUGUUUCAUAAACUCAAAUUCUUGAGGUUUCAACGUUUGGACAUCAAGCAAUGGAAUGCUUAUAGUAGUCACUUUCCCGUCCUUCAGACGUUGGUAUUAGAUGAUUGUAAACAACUCAAGGAGAUCCCAUCUGGUUUAGCUUAUGUUUUUACAUUGGAGACGAUUCGGCUCUGGUACUGUAGUUGCUCAGCAGCACGCUCUGCCUUGCAAAUUAAAGAACUGCAAAAAGAAGACGGAUAUGAUGGACUUAAGAUCCAUAUUUACCCUUCAAAUUAUGUGGAGGUUAAUGAGGAUGACGAGGAUGAUGCACCUUGAAGCUGAUUAUGAGGAUGACAGGAAUGCCAUAGGAUUCAGUCACUUAAAUACUGCUACUAGUGUUGCCUGUGAUGAGGUUUGCCUGAUGCUCUUGCCUUAGUUGAGUUUUUCCUGAUGAGUUCUGGCCUACUAGAUGUUACUUGCUGCUUGCCUUUGCUGAAUUGUCUGAGCUUACUGCUAAUGAUGGCGUUGGCCUUUGCUGAACUUUGCUGAUGGUGUUAGCAUCCUGAUGAUGGUGUUGGCUUUUACUGCUGCUCUCUUUGAUGCGGGAAACUAAUUGAUGCGCUAAAUGCCAGUCAUCUCAGUAAUGAUGUUUCUUUUAGUAAACAUUAUAUGUUACACUUGUAUAUCUAUUGAUUGCCUGCUGGCUUCUCUUGUACACAGUAGCAAUUUUAUUUAUUUAUUUUUCCCUGGUGUAUGGGUUGCUUGUCUUUAGUUUUCAAGGAGAAGGAAUCUUUACAUGUCAUGUCAAAACAGCUUUGGAUCUUAAAGUCCAUCAUAUGGAUGUAUAGUUUCAGUUGACUAUGA